AUGGCUGUAGCACAUCCGCUCACAGCGCUUGCGCCGUCCAUCCGACUGCUCGGUGUAGCGGUGGCCGGACCCGCCGCGGCUUCGACUCGGCUCGCAUUUGCAACAUCCGCCUCGUCGUGCGGCUUGCGGGCCUUGCACAGCUCGAGCAAGAGGCGCCAGUCCAAGGGCAAGUCCAGCUCAGAAGAUCUCAAGGCAUCCAAGGCGGCCUUCACGCAGCGACAGAUCCUGAACGAGCUGCGUGCCAGUUCGUCGUCGUCGUCGUCAUCGUCGUCUGCGCUGCAGUCCAAGCCUCGAGUGCGCGUCAAUGCCACGGCCGAGGCGGCGCUCGAUGCGGCAUCUGGGUCGCGUGGUGGCGGAAUCCCGCUCGGCAUGGCAGGACUCUCAGUGGGAGGAGGGGGAUUCGGCUCGGAGCCUACGCUGAUCGAUCGAGCCACUGGCCAGGGCAAGCCGUGGUCGCAGCUCAAGACGGGCCAGAAGGUAGCGCGUGCGACGGUGCAGUCGUCGCGCACCAUGCUCAUUAUCGGCGGAGGCGCACUCACGUUUGUGCUUGUAUACGCGCUCACCAGCGAGCUCUUCGCCAAGAACAGUCCGACGGUCAUCUACGCCGACGCGUGCAAGCGUGUGCAGACGAGCGCCGAGAUCGCGAGCCAUCUGCUCACGCCGUACCGCUUCCGCACCUCGCCCAGCGCCACGGGCAGCAGCGACUUUUCGCCGCUCAACCCGCCGUCGGUCAAGGACAGGAGGAGGUCGCGCUCGGUGCCCAGCGUGAGCUUCACCGACGAACGCACGCGCGAGGAAAAGAUGCUGCUGCGCUUCUGGAUCAGUGCGCGCGACAAGACCGAGGAAUGGUCGUGGUGGGACUCGGCGCGCUACGAGGUGGUCGAGGCCGGCAAGUGGGUCGGCCGCAAGGUUACCGAGGGCGGCGAGUGGGUGGGCGAGCAGCUUGGGCUUGAGCUCGGAGCGGACCAAGACGAGCCCCACCACUCGGACCCUUCCAGCGCGACUGCUUCAGCCACGGCGAAGACCAGCGCAGAGGCAUCGGACAAUGUCUUGUCUCGUACGUGGAAUUCGGCCUUGGGCGGACUCGGCAAUGUGAUGCGGAGCUCCACCGAGGCGAUCACGUCGACGCUCGUCUCGCCUUCGUCGGCCACGACCCGUCGCCAUGCUGAACCGGGUACAUGGUCGUCUGGCGAGGUGCACGCCGAGCUGGUCAAGGACGCCGACGGCACGUUGCAGUACCGGGCGCUCUUUGUCGAUAUCCCCAGCUCGGCGGCGGUUACGCGUCAGCGUGUGUGGAUCGUACGCAAGCUCGGCGAGGUUCAGCGAUAA